UUGCGUAAUACCGGAAUGGGUGCGCGCACACGCCGUCCCAGGUGUUCCGGAGCAUCGGAGGAGGAGGCGCUGGUCGUGUUGCUGAGCGGCCCGGCGGUGGAAGUUGCGCUGCAGGGGGUGGGACUCUCUCUCCGCAGUCGGUCGGUCGGUCGGAGGGGGGGGGGGGGGCUGCGGCUCGUGCAGAAAUAUGCCUCUGGCAGCAGCUUUCCAGACUCCAGCGAGCGGCCGCGCAGACAGCCGAUCACCUCCGAGUUGAAGGCCGGCUGCAGCACCAUGUCCUCCGCGCUAAGUGAGGACGUCUCCGGCUACCAUCUGAGUGUGGUGCGUAACCCCCCCGGCUGGGAGGUGGGAAUCUACCUGGUGGGCUUCUUCGUGCUGCUGUGCGUGGCCGGGAUCAACAUCUGGAAGUUGUGGAAAUCCGGAACAUUCCCUGCGCCGUCGCCCUUCCCCAACUUUGACUAUCGGUAUCUCCAAGAAAAAUAUGGAACCUCGUUCUCAGAAGUCAGACAAAAGCGAGUGGCUGCCAACAACCACCGGCGGACCUCCACCACCUCCAGCCGCAAACCCAGCCUGGCUCUGGGCGACACCCCGGACUGCUUCCGGGAUCUGGGCCACCUAGAGCUGAUGAGCAGGGAGCUGGACCCAACUGGCGUGGCCCAGCUCAACCGCUCCGUCUCCACCGACUCGCUCAGCUCCAUCUCCUCCAUCGCCAACAACUUCGGCCACGACUUCACGGUCGGCCAGCUGGAGGUGACGCUGGAGUUCGAGCCGUCCAGGCAUGCGGGCCAGGGGCCGGGACUGCUCCACAUCGCUCUGCACCAGGGGAAAGACCUGCUGGAGAGGGAGGAGGGAGACUUCCCCGGCUGCUUCAUCAGAGUCUCCCUGGGGCCGGACGAGAUCAGCGUGGGCGUCACACGGAUCCAGACCAACGCUUACACAGUGCUUUUUGAUGAGCGCUUCUCCAUCCCCAUGGACGCGUCCCUGUUGGAGGAGUACAGCCUGCGCUGUGCAGCUUUUGGCAUCGAUGCUGACGAGAGAAACAUCAGCGCUGGAGUCGCAGAUCUCAAGCUGUCAGACCUGGACCUGACAGUCCGCCCAUUCAACGCCUGGCUCUACCUUCAGGAUGUCAAUAAGGCCGUGGACGCAGUCGGGGAGAUCCUGUUGUCGCUCAGCUAUUUGCCGACAGCAGAGCGCCUCACAGUCGUUGUGGCCAAGUGCAAGAAUCUGGUGUGGACCAACAGCAAGAACACUGCAGAUCCUUUUGUCAAAGUAUAUCUCCUGCAAGACGGCAGGAAGAUCAGCAAGAAGAAGACUUCCACCAAACGGGACGACACAAAUCCCAUCUUCAAUGAGGCCAUGAUCUUCUCCGUGCCGUCCCUCGUCCUGCAGGAACUCUCGCUGAGGGUGACGGUGGCGGAGGCCACGGAUGACGGCCGGGGUGAGAACCUGGGUCAUGUGAUCAUCGGCCCUGAGGCCAGCGGGAUAGGGAUCACCCACUGGAACCAGAUGCUGGCCACUCUGAGGAAGCCCGUGUCCAUGUGGCACCCGAUACGCAGGAUCUAGCGCCCGCUCUCCCUCUCGUACCGACCCGACUUGUUUCCAGGGAAAAACUGGCUUAGUCACGUUCCCUCCACCUCCACCCUUAUUGGGUGCCACGCGCCAGCCUGUUUUAGGGAGAUAAGGGUUGUUGGCACACACUACGUGUGGAUCUGCUGGUGAAUAACACAUUGGAGUAAAUACCUUAUCUUCAUGGGGGAGGGGAAUCUGUAAAGCCUGUGUUUGACUCUGAACGCAAUGUUUUUAUCGACCCGUUGAUCACUUAAACACUCCGAGCUUGUCGUGUUUGGCUUCAGCGUUGCUCGUGUUGCAUUACUGUCAACAAGAACAACAGCAGAGGAGACACCGAUAUGUGGAUACCCCCCCAACCCCCCCUUAAAAGCUUUCAGUUUGGACUUUUAUUAAUCUAAUUAACUAACAAAGGAGCUGGUCUGGGCAGAAGUCCCCCCUCUCUGCAUGGUAGCCUGCGAUAGCUGUCUGCAGGAUGAGCAACUGGACGGGAAACCACAGUCAUUGAUUGCGCCUAAUUGAUUGAUUUGGUAGCAGUUUAAGAGCCGAGUUAGCUCUAUUGGGUAUGCUUGUUUCAUUCGUUAACAUCGGGAUUGAAAAAUAAUAAAGGGUUUUGGUAUGUUCAGUAUUUAUUGUGCUUUUGAAAAAAAAAAAAAUCCAGGGACUCUUAUCCAGGUGAAAUAAUUGUAAUUUGUAGCAGUUGUUACAGGGUGGCCAACUCAGAUAUAAUCAGCAUAUAAGUAUCAUGUUAUGUUGUUCUAUUUUAAACAUUAUUAAUGCCGUACACAUUGCAUAAGCAUAUUUAACAGUGUAAAUAGUGCACUAGAACUGUCUUCAUUUCUUUCCUCUUUAUUCUGGGUGCAAAUCAUGUUGUUCCUUGUAUUGGAACUUUCCGUCUGCAGGUUUGUUUAUUAACACUAAUAUCACUGCUGCUCAAUUCAUUAUCACCUAAACACCUCUGGGAAUUUAAUGUGUGACGUGUACCAACCCCUCCAAUGGGUUUACAGUUCAUUUUGUCUCGGAGGAAACACCUUGAUAUUCUGAUCUGUAGUUUGUCAUUUGAGCUUUUCUCAUUAUUACACCUGCAAACGUCUUGUUAGCACUGAUGGGGUUCAUGGUUGAAUCCAAUAAGAGCCAGUAUGCAGCUGGACGUCUUAAUGGUAAUUCUGCUGAUGAUUCAAGUGAAGAUAAUGUGACGCGGGUCUCGCCAAAGUCAGAAAGUCAAGGUGUCUUUGUCUCUGUCCAAAACAUGUUCUUACACCAUUGUGCAAUAGUGCUAUUUUAUUGUACUUUUAAAUGUGAAUUAUGAUGUGAAACACUGCUAAAUUUAGAAGCAUCAUCAGCCUUGUUCACUGUUGUGACUUUUGUUUUAACCAAGCAGAACAUAGCCUACAUUGCUGGUCAUGUUCUGACUGCAUUCGUCCCUUCACUUUGAAAAUCUGUCCAAAAAUAACACACUUGUGGACAUAAAACAGACAAUAUUUCCUACUGUGCCAAAUAAUUAAGCAAUAUUAUCAUCUCAAUCAUCAUUUGCAUUUGAUUCACCAAGCUGUAGCGUUCAUUUGACCAUGCAUGAAGUUAUUUAGCACUUGAUGUGAAUGUGCCUCAAAAAUACAGUGUAUUGUGUGGAUGCUGUUUGAAAUAAAAGCAAUUCAACAGUGAA